GAAGCAGAGGAACUCCCUCCUUGGUCUUUUUCAUAAGGCGGAGGACAGACAAAAGAGUGCACCCAGCAGGCUCUCAGCGCAGCUCGCCAGCGAAACCAAAGCCCUCUCAGCCGUGAUUUCAUUUCCAGCAGGAUCAAGGGUUUCCGUUUGCAGUUCAUCGUCUACAGUGAGCUGUGUCAUCGAUGGAGUUAGCAAAGAGAGAGAGGCACAACAAAUGUGUUUUUCCUGGCUGGUAAAAUCUGGGCAGGAAUUUUAGUAGGCAAAAGAAAGCUACAGACUAACAACUCCUGAAAGCAGACGAGGACCCAAUCUGAAGGACGAUAAAUAACAUACAGUCCAAGGUAACCAUGCAAGCUGGAAGAGGCCGAUGGAGCAACUUUGUCCGGUUUAUGUUGGCUUUACUGUUCACGUUGGAGGUCUGCCGGGUCCACAGCUGUCGGAUUGGCUCAGGGUCAGAGUGUGAGAAAGCCCCUUUCGUCCCAGGCCACAACCUGGCAGGGGAGGGUUUUGAUGUGGUGCGGAUGCGUCGAACAGGGGCAUAUGUCAUCAAUGUCAAAGGUCAUCUGGCUGAUAACCACACCUGCACACUGUGUCCAAACCGCUUCCAGCAAGGACAGAUUCAGAGGCUCCCAGCCGCAGUGCUCGACUGGCGUCCCUUCAGCCGCUGCAGCAAGCAGCUGUCUAGCGCCCUCCACCACUCUGUGGAGUCCUUGCUGCGCAGCUCCAGCUCCCUGGUUAACAACAACUGGGACCUGGGUUUGAGUUUAGACAAUAUUGGCAAGGCAGUGCUGGGAGGAAGCCGCUCAGACUUGGCAAAGUUUGCCCGUUCACAGCACAGCGUGGACAAGGCCACUUUUGCCAUCCAUGAAAUCAGUUGCACGUACUACAGCUACAGGCUGGCUGAUCAUCCCCAGCUGAGUGCAGAGUUCACGAAGCAUCUAAAGAGACUCCCACAGAGCUUAAACACAAGCCAGGACAGAGCCCUAUAUAGACGGCUGAUAGACACCUAUGGAACACACUACAUACACCAGGUCCAACUUGGUGGUAAGGUGAGGCGAAUCACUGCCUUCAGGACCUGCCUGGCCACACUGAAGGGCUUUACCGAGUCCGAGGUCAAAAACUGCCUCAAUGCUGAACUCCGAAUGGCUCUCGGUUUCCUCCCCGCCAAUGCAUCCUUCUCCAAUAAGUGUGACAACCUCCGGAAGGGUAACAUGAGCAUGGGCUUCUACCAUGGCUUCAUGACCCAUAAGAUUGAGGUAACAGGGGGGGAGAAGUACUUCCCCGACAUCCUCUACCAGCAGGACCCAUCGGAAGCGUACCACAGCUGGAUGAGCAGCCUCCAUGACAACCCUGAUGUGGUCUCUUACGCCAUCUUCCCCCUGCAUAAUCUGGUGGAGGACUCACAGACCAGUGCUAAUCUGAGAAGCAUUGUCACAGAGUAUAUUAAAGAGAACCAGCUGAAGGAAGACGGGUUUGGUUUUAAGAACUGCUCCCCGGCUCCCAACCUGGACCAUCACUGCUGUCCCCUACGGGCUGGCAGAGGAACUCUCAGACUGGUGAUCCACAGAGCUGCUGGUCUGAGGGCAGACACUUUCACGAAAACAGACGCCUACGUGAAGAUCUUCUACAACGGCAUGUACGAGGAGACGGAGACGGUGAUGGACGACAAUGACCCAGUUUGGAACGCCACGUAUGACUUUGGAUCAGUGGAACUGGGUCAGGAGUUGAGGUUUGAGGUGUGGGAUAGAGAUGUGCUUUAUAAUGAUGUAGCAGGCAAAUGCAUCGUCUUUCCUGAGCGGGGAACUCGCUCUCUAAGCUGUCAGCUGAGCAAAGGAGUUCUCUACUUCACCUACACUAUCAAAUGUGACGCUCACUUGACGGGCUUCAGGUGUGGACGAUACUCCCCCAAUGCAGAGUAGAGUAUUAGAUUACAUUAUGUGUUAGAUUUUAGUAUUUUCUUGAUACAUUUUUUUUAUUGUGUUAUUUCCCUUGCCCUGUCAAGGGUGUUGGAGAAACUAUGGUGGCUGUAAAACUGUUCAGUUUUUUUUUAAAUGUCUUGUAAUGUCUCAGCAUUAGCUAUAUAUCCAUUGUAUAUACCAAAAUAAAGGGAUUUUGA